CUGGUCACGACAGGUUUUCCGCGUUCUUUGGCGAACAAUUAACAUGGACAAUUAACAUUAGCCCGCUCAUAAUCAUCUUUUAGCCGGUUAAGGCCAGGUGAGAUCAUCAUCGCUCGGCCGAGAAAUGCACCUGAAGAUGCUGCCGUGAAAGCGUGAGAAAUCGCCGGGAAAAUCGCUGGGAAAUCGCAUGCAACGAAGUACUUAACUUGAACCAACUCAACUCAAGAUGCCAAUCCUGCCAAUACUCAUGGGGAUACUCCACCUGUGCUUGGGCCAGUCUCACCAGGUCGAGGAUGCCAAGCACCUGGAUGGGUUUUCCCUUCCCAGCCUUCCCUCGGAGCACCUCAUCCGGUAUCUAAACACCUUUCCCAAGCUGAAACAUCAGCUGCCCACGAAUCUCACCGGGAAGGGCACCAUAUCAUCCGCCUGCUGGGGCCACGAACGGGAUUGCACGCCGGAUGGCCGCUUCCAGACGCCCCAGUGUCCUGGGGAGCACACUGGCUGGGCCAGGAGCAAGGAGGCCCAGGUGAGGACCUUCUACAAUCAGGCGGAUUUCGGGUACAUCCAGGAGCAGCUCUCCCAACUGGCCCCGCAGUGUGUGCCCACCUAUUUGGGAGAUUCCUCGCUGGAGUGCACCCACUAUCUGCGCUUUUGCCGGGGACGGAAUCUGCUCUUUGAUUUCCGUAAUCUAGCGCAAAGAGAGGAGCGCAUUCGCUAUCACAUGGAUGUUUUAAGUCCAGGACAACUCCUCGGCCACUGUGAUCUAAAUCGCACGCGACUUUCCGGUGAAAUGGAUCACAUCGGAUCGGCCCUGCAAUCCUGGGGUCCAGAACUGAGAAACUUUGAGGUUUUACCACAUCCCAUAUUGGAGAGCGGGCUCUGCGAUGUGGUGGUAAAUACGCCCACUUUCAUCAUGAAAAUCGAUGCCACGUACAACAUGUAUCAUCACUUUUGCGACUUCUUCAACCUGUAUGCCUCGCUCUUUGUGAACCAAUCGCAUCCGGCCGCCUUUAACACGGAUGUGCAGAUACUUAUUUGGGAAACAUAUCCGUACGACUCGCCCUUUAGGGACACCUUCAAGGCCUUCUCGCAAAGACCUGUUUGGACGCUCAGCGAUGUGGAGGGCAAGAGGGUGUGCUUCAAGAACGUGGUACUUCCUCUGCUGCCCAGGAUGAUCUUUGGAUUGUUUUACAAUACACCGAUAAUCCAGGGCUGCUCCAAUAGUGGACUGUUUCGCGCUUUUUCGGAGUUCAUUCUGCAUCGCCUGCAGAUUCCCUACAAGCCACCACAGCGAAGAAUACGAAUAACCUAUCUAUCUCGUCGCACAAAGUACCGGCAAGUGCUCAAUGAGGAGGAGCUAUUGGCCCCACUGGAGGAAAAUGAGCGGUACUCAGUGCAGCGCGUAUCCUAUGAGAGGCUCUCCUUCACUGAUCAGUUGGCCAUCACCCGGAAUACGGACAUACUCAUCGGCAUGCACGGCGCUGGCCUAACGCACCUGCUCUUCCUGCCCAACUGGGCCUGUAUCUUCGAGCUAUACAACUGUGAGGAUCCCAAUUGCUAUAAAGACCUGGCUCGCCUGCGUGGGGUUCGUUAUCGGACUUGGGAGCAGCGGGAGUUGGUCUAUCCGCAGGACGCAGGACAUCAUCCCGAGGGUGGGGCGCAUGCCAAAUUCACCAACUAUAGCUUCGAUGUCAAGGAGUUUGUGCAUUUAGUGGAUGAAGCAGCCAAGGAAAUACUUUCCCACAAGGAAUUCCCUCAGGAUUCAUCAGAAAAUCCAUCCAAAUCGCUGCACAGCGAGCUGUAGAUUGCGACAAUUGUGAUUUAACGCAUUUAUUUUGCCUAUUUGCCUGACCCAAAAUAAAUUAAUAUUAUUUAAGUUUCCCUUCCUGAAAUUCAGUCAAAAAUUAACUUGAAAUAUUGCAAUUAUUUGUUAAGUUUUUAUUUAUUAAAAAUAAAAUUUGAAUUUAGCAAAGUGUGA